UCCCAGUUACACACUCACCACUCUUAAGUCCCAUCUUCAACAAAACCACACCCCCAUAUCUGUUCCCUCUCUCUCUUCAUACCAUCAAAAUGGCAUCCAUGGCUUCCACACUCGCUGCCUCCUCUCUCUCCACCAAGCUCCAGAAGCCAUCUCUCCUCGAAUCCUCCUUCCACGGCGUUCCCGUGGCUCGGGUUCAGCCUUUGAAGGCGGUCUCAUCCAGCGGCCACGGCCUCUCCGUGUCCAUGUCCGCUGGUGGCUCCACCAGCGCUUACGAUUUGAGCAACUUCAAGUUUGAGCCGAUCAAGGAGUCCAUCGUCUCCCGAGAGAUGACCAGGCGAUACAUGACUGACAUGAUCACCUACGCCGAUACCGACGUUGUCAUCGUCGGUGCUGGUUCCGCAGGGCUAUCUUGCGCAUGGGAGCUCAGCAAGAACCCCGAUGUGCAGGUAGCCAUUAUUGAGCAGUCCGUCAGCCCCGGCGGCGGCGCAUGGCUCGGUGGCCAGCUCUUCUCCGCCAUGGUAGUGAGGAAACCAGCACAUCACUUCCUCAACGAAUUGGGCAUUGACUACGACGAGAAGGAUGACUACGUAGUCAUUAAGCAUGCUGCCCUAUUCACCUCAACUAUCAUGAGCAAGCUCCUUGCCCGUCCCAAUGUCAAACUCUUCAACGCCGUAGCAGCUGAGGAUUUGAUCAUCAAGGGUGGAAGAGUUGCUGGUGUUGUCACUAACUGGGCCUUGGUCUCCAUGAACCACGACACACAGUCGUGCAUGGACCCCAACGUUAUGGAGUCCAAGGUUGUGGUAAGCUCAUGCGGUCACGAUGGGCCAAUGGGAGCCACUGGAGUAAAGAGGUUGAGGAGUGUUGGGAUGAUUGAGAGCGUGCCUGGGAUGAAGGCCUUGGACAUGAAUGCAGCUGAGGAUGCCAUUGUGAAGCUAACAAGGGAAAUCGUGCCUGGAAUGAUCGUUACUGGCAUGGAAGUUGCUGAGAUUGAUGGCUCUCCAAGAAUGGGACCUACAUUCGGGGCUAUGAUGAUAUCAGGGCAAAAGGCAGCCCAUUUGGCAUUGAAGGCACUGGGACUUCCCAACGCUCUUGAUGGAUCAUAUGUUGGAGGUAUCCAGCCAGAGCUGAUCUUAGCUGCUGCAGAUUCUGGUGCUGAGAUUGCUGAUGCUUGAUCGUAUCAUAGUCCGAUCGAGGAUGAUGUUUUAAUAAAUCUGGGUAAGCAAAAUCAAAAGGCCGGAACUGAUAGCAGCUGUUAGUGGUGAGUAGUGGUGAUGGUGUGUGGAUAGUUCUUGUGACGGGUAAAUUUUGUUAAUAAUGUGGUUGUGGACCUGUGGUUGUGCUAAGAUUUCGUUGCAAAUCAAAUGAAAUUUCUAUUCCCCUGUA